AUGAGCACACCAGUUGCGAUAUCAAACAAACCGUGCCUUUGUGGAUACGAUUCAUCCUCAUGUGGAGGAGGCCACAUGACCAGUCAAUUGAAUAAUAGCAGUCGCAAAAGGAAACUCCAAGGGGCUUCUUAUUUUGAUGAUGUUCUGAUGGAAGGCAUGAAGAAUCUCUCUUUCGAUCAGAUUCAGCGUGAGCAAGAAUUGCUUCAUGGAGUUGCGGAUGACGUUGACCUGGAUGACAAUACGAUUGACGACCUGCUCCUUGAGCUGGAGUCGCAUCUUCACCGUAUGAAGAAAGGAACCGCGUACGAAUUAGCGGAGAGGCAAGACCCGUCGUAUGUUUCCAAUCGGGAAUUUCAGUUGGCUUUCUUACGAUCAAGUCAUUUUGAACCAAAAGCAUCAGCUGCGAAACUGAUUACCUUUUUCAAAUACAAACAAGACCUCUUUGGUGAAGACAGCUUGGUUCGGGACAUCACUGUGCAAGAUUUGAACCAAGAUGAUUUGAGCUGCUUAUUGGAUGGCAACAUUCAGUUCUCGCCAUUUCGUGAUCGAUCAGGUCGAACGAUCUUUGCGGAGUUCCUCGGCCUUCGAACCAAAAUGACUAUCCGGACAGUUUUGCGAGCCAGAUUUUACAUGUUAGCGAACAGUGUUGAAACCAUGAUAGACAUUAGCAAAGGAAGCGUCAUCGUAGGCUAUCUUGUUGAACAGUAUCACGAUCAUUUAAACGGUUGGGGGAUGCUGGAAGGAGGAAAGUUGUUUAUGGAAGCUGUCCCUUUCAGACUUGACGGCCUUCAUCUAUGUUACAGCAAUCCAAUAGAAUGCAUGGUAACAAGGGCAUCCAUUACAAUGCUGCCAUAUCAGGAACGUGUUAAAUUGCGGGUACACUUGGGAUCGCAUACAGAAUGCCAAUAUUUGCUCGCAAGCUAUGGUAUUACCAGAGGCUCGCUUCCCCUGAAGGGAAAGGAAAGUGAGAUGGAUUUGAGCUAUCAUAAUGCUUGGUUUCAGAGAAGAAUGCAACGAGAAGUAGAGCAACGGCAACAAGCUCCUGCGCUCAUUCCUUCUGCUCGAGCCACUGCAACGCACCAACGGAACACAUCCUGUCAUGACACCGCAUCAGGCCCAAAUAGUGCAAAUGAAAACGAUGUCUUGUGCUUGGCGAAAAGAGUCAAAGGUGUAGGAAAUGAACGGCUGCAUUCCUUGGCGCUCAUCUAUCUCGCAGCGUAUGACAAUGGAAGUAUUUCCAAUCGUCGCACAAUUGUUGCUGGGAUCAUUGCUGAAGUUUGCAGGCAUGGCGGCAGAUUUCUGAAGCCAGACCCUUGA